UUCCUCAUACUCCGCCAUAGCACCAAACCUGUAUACUCGCUUAUAUUCCGAGCCCUCUUUUCGCCAUUUCCAUCUCAGGCAGAGCUUUCGUUCUUUCUCCUCCGUUGUAGAAACCGUCGUUGCUUCGAUUCAAUCAAAAUGGUGCAGGUGAUGCACAGGUUGAAGAUACGGGCGAUGAUCUCCCCACGAAAGACUAUUACAAGUGACAUGUCAUAUUCAAGGGAAGGAAGGAAUACUUCCCGCUCACCCUCCCACUCGCCACAAAGAAGAAGCAGGUCAAGAUCCCUGUCAAGGUCAAGGGUGAGGAGUCGCUCCAGGAGCCGAGAAUCUGGGGAUGCAAUCAAUCCUGGAAAUAACUUGUAUGUAACGGGCUUAUCCACAAGGGUUACUGACAGUGAUCUUGAGAAAUAUUUUAGCAGUGAAGGAAAGGUUGUGGAAUGCCAUCUGGUCAUGGAUCCCCGCACAAGAGAAUCUCGUGGAUUUGGAUUUGUAACUAUGGAAACUGUGCAGGAUGCAGACCGCUGUGUCAAGUAUCUGAACCGUUCAGUACUUGAAGGCCGAUUGAUCACAGUGCAGAAGGUCGUGGGCGGAGACAGUCGCCUAGCUUCUCACCCCGGAGGCGGGAAAGAGGCCCCUCUGAUUCGAGGGGUCGGCGGGAACGAUCCCGCUCUCCGUAUGGGAGGAGGGAUGAGUAUUCCAACUCACACGGGAGACACAGGGAGCGUUCAUUGUCAGUUGGCGGCGAAAGAUGACACAUCACAUGAAGCAUUACAAAGCAGUCAGCCUACUUUCUCCCUUGCUUUUCUGUGCAUUACAUCCGAUUGUGGCUGUGGUUUCACUCCCAAGGGCAUGCCCUUUUCUUUUCAAACUCCUAAUUGGAUUCAAACUGGAAUUCUCUCCACUUGGGUAUGGACAUCUAUGUUUGAAAUAGCAUGCCAUGUUAUAGCAACCCCGAAGUUAGCAUAUGAAUCGAUGUUUGAAAGUAUCAUAUUCAUAGCUUGUCUUGUUGGUAUUGAUUAACGCAUUUCAAAUUCCAAAAUUUCCGAUGCCCCGUUGGGAAUGCGGAAGUGGUGCCUUCAUGGCAA